UUGUUGCCGAGAAGGCUGUAGGUACCGUGGUUUCCCAUUGCUGAAAGAGUUCCACGGGGAAACUCCAGCUCUGUGCUUCAAGGUUCCGGCACCAAGGUGGUGUCCUAAUCCAGGUCACCCGCGUGUAACUCUCCCCUGCUUCCAUCUUCUCAGCUCGAUCUGGCUUACUGUGUUGGAGGAGAAACCUGUCAAAUUGGUGCCAGAAGCCCCGGAAGGAACUGAGCCUUCGGUGCUGGACAGACCAGGUUCACCAGCCACGUGGGAGGCCACUCUUCUUUUUAUCUUCCUCUCUGGCAGACGGGAUCUUUGCGCCGGGCAACACCAAUCCGUUUAGGAGAAAAGACCGUCUUCGGUGGAUGCAUUGCUCUAGUCUCUGGCACAGGCUUGGAAAUGGGCAGCUGUUGGUCUAAACGAAGCCGUUAUUCAGUUCCAGAGUGUCUACUACAAAAUUUAUCCAAUUUAUCUGGGGACUUGGACCGUGACCACUCCACCCUGAUGGUGCCAUCUGAGUCUCUGGCAUCUCAACCCCUCCCUCGAACCCUGUCUUCUCCCCCUCCCACACUGCCACAAGGUCCAUUCAGUGGCCAACCUUCCCUUUCCACACCCCUAUCCCCAUCUUCCCCCUCUGGGACAAAGGUCGAAGGCCAACUUCCUUCCCCUUGCCUACCUUCCUCUCUCCCCCUCCCUCCUACUGCCUCUCCUCCUUCCCUGCCCCCUCUCCAUUCUUCAGUGCCACAACCUGCACCCGGGUCCCUAUCAACAUACUGGCCUACUCCCCCUGAAUCCUCCCUAGUGCCAUCUCAUAGUCGAUCUCAGCCAACCCCUGGCCUCCUCUGCCCGCUCCGAGAGGUGGCCGGAAAUGAGGGAAUUGUUCGAGUCCAUGCCCCUUUCUCCCUUCAGGACCUCUCACAGAUAGAAAAGCGAUUGGGUUCCUUCUCUGAGAAUCCUUCUGUCUAUAUCAAGGAGUUCCGUUUUCUUUCCCAAGCCUAUGACCUGACCUGGCAUGACCUCUGUGCUAUCCAGGCCUCCACUCUCACUCCUGAGGAGCGAGGUUGGAUUCAGGCAGCAGCUAGACAAUAUGCAGACCAAACCCACCUAGUGGACAAUACAGUCCCUGUGGGUGACAUGGCGGUGCCAGCUACUGAACCCCACUGGAACUAUCAGUCAGGUCAAAGUGGCUGCCAGAAAAGGGAUCUCAUGGUCCACUGCCUCCUUCAGGGUAUGGAGAUGGUCUCAAAGAAAAUUGAAUUCUCACAGAUAGAAAAGCGGUUGGGUUCCUUCUCUGAGAAUCCUUCUGUCUAUAUCAAGGAGUUCCGUUUUCUUUCCCAAGCCUAUGACCUGACCUGGCAUGACCUCUAUGUCAUCCAGACCUCCACUCUCACUCCUGAGGAGCGAGAUCGGAUUCAGGCAGCAGCUAGAAAAUAUGCAGACCAAAUCUACCUAGUGAACUAUCCAGUCCUUGUGUUUGAUGUGGUGCCAGUUACGGAACCCAAUUGGGACUAUCGGCCAGGUCAAAGUGGCUGCCAGAUGAGGGACCUCAUGGUCCACUGCCUCCUUCAGGGUAUGGAGAUGGUCUCAAAAGAAAUUUAUUUUGAUAAAUUCCAAGCAAUUACACAGCAAGCUGAUGAAAAUCCAGCCGUUUUCCUAAAUCGACUUAGAGAGGCCAUGGUUCAUACACACCUUGAACCAACCUCCACACCGGGAGCCAUAAUCCUGGCCAUCCAUUUCAUUUAUCAGUCAUCACCAGAUAUUAGAAAGAAAUUAAAAAAGGCUGAGUAUGGUCCCCAAACCCCCAUACAUGAAUUGCUGAGACUGGCUUUGAAGGUGUUUAAUGCCCGAGAGGAGGCUCAACUGCGAGAGAAGGCUAUGCUCCAAGCUCGUGCCUUGGCAUCUGCCCUGAGGCCAUUGGCAACCCCACAAGGGGGACAAGGGAAAUCCACAAGGCUCCGUCGAGCAGGAGCCCAACCAAGGUCAAACCCACCAGGACCCUGCUUCAAGUGCGGCCAGGAAGGCCAUUGGUCCCGGUGCUGCCCUGACCCUCAGCCACCAACCAAGCCAUGCCCCAUCUGCAGGCAGCCUGGCCACUGGAAGUCAGAAUGCCCCCAUUGGGGCUCGUCCUCUAUGCCACGCCACAGAGGUCACCCGAACACACAUCUUGAGAUUCUUCUAGCCUUGGACCUCCUCGGCCUGUUGGACUGACGACACCCAGACUUGGAAGACUCCCUUCACCCUAGCCCCAGCAACUUGCAUUCUCUACCUCCUCAACACAGAGAUUCUUGAGGUUGACCUCCAGGAUGGCAGUUAACCAAAUGCUUCUUCACCCAUACCUCCCGAUGAGCAGGAGCCCACCGACUCCUGACUCCCACCCCACGUCGUCCCAUGUCAGCAGGAAGUAGCCAGAUGUGAUCCAUCACCCAUAUAUCCAAGAAGGUCAGGAUGUUCAGCUGGAAUCUCCAGCUCAUCCCUGCUUGAUCCAGCCAUUCCUCCCUAUCCAAACCCUGCCCUCUCAGAAAAACUGCCAAAAAAUUCAGUCCUGUACGAGCGGUGGUGGCUCCUCCCCCAAGUGCUCAAGACUCUGCCUAAAAGCUGUCAUUGGGCACAGACGCAGGACACUCCCCCCCCCACACACACACACACUCACACACAGUGUAUUUAAGUCCCCUUUAGACAGGCCAUGUGAUCCCCCUUAAUCUCUGGGGACUGAAUGGUCACUCAGGAAUGUUUUGCCUGAAUAAACCUGGCCCUUUACUUUUUAA